CCCUCCUCCUUCCCCUUUCACUCACUCCCUGGCCUUCACUCUUUCUCUCUCUCUCUCUCUCAAACGCACACAAAUUAACACACUAGACGUACGGAUCUCCUUCACUCUCUCGACAUCACACUCUCUCACUGGCCUCACGGACAUCCACCUCUUCCCUGGCGGCGCCACCACCACAAAGUCUUAGAAAAAGUCUCUCACCCUCUCACCCCUUCCUGGCCUCCACUUGUCACCACACUCUCUUCUCUCUUGCUCUCCAGGCAACUCCCUCCACUCCCUCUCUCUCAUUCACAACCAAUACUCCAACUAAAAUCAAGGAGCCUCACAACGUACAACAACUACGUACCACUACUACAAGAAUAAACUCCUCCCCUCCUUCCGACUCUCCCUCUUCCAUUAAUUCUUAUCCCAUUUCAGCUUUCUCGAUCUCUCUCUUCUUCUUUUUUGAAUGGCUUUCAUUGUGGAUCAGCAGACAACCUUCAAGCACUUUUGCAAGAUUUGCAAGAAAGGUUUUGGAUGUGGGAGAGCCUUAGGAGGGCACAUGAGGGCGCAUGGAAUCGGCGACGAGACCGGGCACGUCGACGACGAAGACCCGGCUAGCGAUUGGGAGGAGAAGUUGGGCGGCGGAAAUGUUCCGCCUAGCAACAAGCGGAUGUACGCAUUGAGAACAAACCCGAACCGGCUGAAGAGCUGCCGGGUUUGUGAGAAUUGCGGAAAAGAAUUCCUGUCGUGGAAAUCUUUUCUUGAACAUGGGAAAUGUAGCUCCGAAGACGCCGAGUCGUUAAUCUCAUCGCCUGGUUCAGACGGUGACGAUGGAAGAAGAGGGUGCGGGUGGUCCAAAAGAAAGAGAUCGUUGAGAGGUAAAGUGGGUAUUUUCAAUUCCAAUUGCCCGUCUAGCGAGGAGGAAGACCUCGCAAAUUGCUUAAUGAUGUUGUCAAACGCGGCGGUUGACCCGGCGGAGGCGGAGGAGUCUUGUGCUUCAGCCAGUAAAGAAGACCAGGAGCGAAGAAAUCCCAUGAGUAAUUUCAUUGCUCCGAUUUCUUGUAGGGCUCCUGUAGACGACGACAACAAGAACAAGAACAAGGGCUUGGCAAAAGGGUUGUUCGAGUGCAAGGCAUGCAAGAAAGUGUUCAAUUCACACCAAGCAUUGGGCGGCCACAGAGCCAGCCACAAGAAGGUUAAAGGCUGUUUCGCGUCCAGGCUCGAUCAAAACGACGAUAUCUUACUCGACGACGACGUGAUCACGCACGAAGAGUUCUUCCCGACAAAAUCAAACUCAACCCUACAAUUUGACCAAGGUUGUUCUAAUCCUCAAUCGGCGUCCAUAUCCAAGAGGAAAUCGAAGGUGCAUGAGUGCUCGAUAUGUCACCGGAUUUUCUCGUCCGGGCAGGCGCUCGGCGGCCACAAGAGGUGCCAUUGGAUCACAUCCAACGCGCCGGACACGUCCACGAUAGCUAAGUUUCAUCCGUUUCAAGAUCAUCAUCAGGUGGAGCAAACCAAUCCAAAUUUGCUCAAUCUCAAGCUCGACCUUAACCUUCCCGCACCAGUUGAUCAAGAUCUUAGGGGAGCACGGCGUGACCAAAUUUCUACAGAAAUUUAUUUACAGUCUUGGUUAGGUACUGCAAAAGAUGAUCUAGAAAAGGACCACAAUUAUGAUCACCACCGCCACCGCCACCUCGGUCAGAAGGUCGACGAUGAUGAUAACCACGACAACAACGACAACAAUAAGAACAAUGACAGCAUUAAUGGUUCAAUGCAGAAUGCUGAUGACGAGGCAGACAGUAGUGUGAAGUUAGCUAAGCUAAGUGAGUUGAAGGACAUGAACACGAGUGGGGGUUCCUCACCGUGGUUGCAGGUGGGGAUUGGUUCAACUACUGAUGUGGCAGCUGACCCAUAACAUUUUGUGAAGCUAAGCGACGAUAUAUCGAUCUUCUAAGUAAUUAUUUCAUUCUCUUUUCAUUUUCAUUUAUAUAUAUUUUAAUUUCCUUCUCUUUCUUGUAAUUCUUGUCUUAAGAAACUGUAAGUAAAACUCAAAAGGCUCAUAUUUAAAUUUUUCAAUAUUUUUAUUGUAAAUUUUGGUGGCAUACAAUAUUUGUUAUCAAUAAGUAUCGAAGAAUUGACGGUUCGAUAAUUUACUAUUAGGACAGAAAAUAUGAUAGAACUUCUAUGAAACUCAAGU